AUGCCCAGCCCAGAACUGUAUUCCCCUGGCUUUGGCCAGGGGCAUGGUGGAGAGGAGGAGAAGAAGAAGAGAGAAGAGAAGAGGCCCGGCGCAGCCUCCUCCGUGCGGGGCAAAGGACCGCAGGAGGAUGCCUUCAGUGGGAGAUUUAUCUUGAGGCUCCGAUUCCAAGGCGAGGACAACAACUGCCCAACGAGAGACUAUGUGGUGGGCACCCUCAUCAUCAAGUCGAUCGGCAUGAACCCCAGGGACAUCUAUGCAGUCAUCCAGAUCCCCGGCAGUAAGGAGUUUGACGUGAGCUUCCGAUCGGCGGAGAAAUUCGACUUCUUUCUGAGAAAGUAUCAGGAGAAAAAGGGCCAGGACUGCUGGGAGAACUUUGUGCUGAUUCAGCUGACCAAGCCGAGGCUCAAAACCCUCUUCAUCCUCUUUCGGAACGAAACUGUGGAUACGGGAGACAUCGUGACGUGGCUGAAGAGACACUGCGACGUGCUGACCACCCCGGUCAAGGUGGCCGAUCGCUUCGGGGUCUGGACUGGGGAAUACAAGUGUGAAAUCGAACUGUGGCAAGGGGAGGAGGGGGUCGACCACCUGCCGGGGGCCUUUUACCUAGGCGCCGAGAAGGGCUACAGCUGGUAUAAGGGCCAGCCAAAGACGUGCUAUAGAUGUGGCUCCAAGAACCAUAUGAGUUUAACCUGUAGCCAGGAAAAGUGCUUCCGGUGUGGAGAGCAAGGGCAUAGCACCACCUUCUGCAAAAAGGGGAUCGUCUGUAACCUCUGCGGGCAGAAAGGACACAUCUAUGCCAACUGCCCCAGUGCAGGCCAUUCAACUGGCAUCACUGGGAAUUGA